AUGGCGACUGCAAAAAUUCGCCAACAGAAAAAAUCAUCUCUUCGGCGUUUAGCAGCAAAAAACUUCCUUUUGAACAUAUCAUUGGAUGGAACAUAUGAUGACACGAAUUAUAUUUUUCAUAUGUGGAAGAAUAAAAGAGUUCAGCAUGAUGUAAAUAGAAGUUCGGGGCCAGAUGUUUCUUCAACUGUAGUGGAGGUCGGACAGACUGUAAAUUUGGAUGGUGACAAAAGUGGUACUUACAUAGCAAAUUGUUCUGUGCAAGAAGAAAACUCUAAAGAAUUGGCUUCAAGAUCUCGAUCGUCAACAAUUCACCAGAUAAGAGAAAACCAAACUGAUGAUUUUGAUGAAAUUUCGCCUAAUUUGGGGGACAAGCAGUUUUCUAAAAGAUGGAGGGCCUCUUCCUGUUCAGAGAGGGAAAGAGUGAAUGCACGUAAGAAGAUACUACCCAUGACAGAUUCAACUACUGUGUUAAAAGAAGCCCUAGCCGAUCGCACUUUAAGUAGACACUCUAGUUCCAUAUCAGCUGACUCAUUGGAGUCGCAUGACUGGGAUGUCAGGUUUAUCUCCCCUGAUAGCAGAAGGAAGCUGAAAGAUUCCAGAGUUCUGAUUGUCACGAACUGCAAGGCUCCCGCCAUCAUAUCUUCAACGGUCCCAUGGAAUUCAAAGCCAAGGUACAAUCACCCUCACCCAAGAAUUGAGCUCCAUGAUGAUGUUCCCCCUAUGGUGGCCAUCCACCGAAGUCGUCACCACUCUGGCACACGCUCCAUCAGCUCCACCGAGGACAUGUUUCUCCUUGGCCAGAAGAUCGCCAGGGGAGACGAUGCUCCAGAUGUUUCGUACAGCGAGCUGCUGGAGCCAUCAAGAAAGGGGGAGCUGAGGAGAGUGGUUUCUGAAUCCAAAUUGGGAUCAGAUAACCCCUCUAGACGUGUUUACACACGGAGUGUAUCUGAGGACCCGUACCUCGCGACGGCGCGUGGCUCUUUGGCCAUGUCGGGUCUGGACAGAGUUGUGGAGGAAGAGGAAGUGGUGACCUAUGACCCCAGUCUCCUUGAUGACCCUGAACUACAGUCAGGUGGUUACAGGACUGUUCUGAACUUCUCUUCCUAUAUGACAUCAGUGAUUGACUAUGUUAAGCCGUCUAUUCUGAAGAAAGAGUUAAAUGAAAAGUUCAAAGAGAAAUUUCCCAACAUACAACUGACCCUCACAAAGUUCAGAAGUUUGAAGAAGGAAAUGAGAAAUAUCUCUCAUGUUAAGUGCAAUAUUGAUAUGUGGACAGUCGCUCAAGCCUAUGUGUUUUUUGAGAAACUAAUACUCAAGCUGUUGAUCUCAAAGCAGAACAGGAAGCUGUGUGCUGGAGCGUGUCUCAUCCUGUCUGCCAAACUCAAUGAUAUCAAAGGACCAGUGCUGUCAAAACUCAUUGAUCAAGUGGAGGAUGAUUUCCGACUUCACAGGAAGGAGAUGUCGGCCUAUGAGUUUGCCACGCUGGUUGCUUUGGAUUUCUCCUUGCUGAUUGCGGACAGUGAGAUCUACCCCCACUACCAGAGGUUGCUCUACCAGUCCUGACACACGCUCUCACACUGCAAACAAUACAGAGUCUUGAUACUACUCUGAAUACAAUAGUAAUACCUGCUUCUAUUGUGGACACAAUAGAAAUACCUGCUUCUACACUGGGAACAAUAGGAAGACCUUCUUCUAUUAUGGAAACUAUAGAAAGAUCUGCUUCUACACUGCAAACAAUAUAAAGACCUGCUUCUACACUGGAAACAAUAUAAAGAUCUGCUUCUACACUGGAAACAAUAUAAAGAUCUGCUUCUACACUGGAAACAAUAUAAAGACCUGCUUCUACACUGGAAACAAUAUAAAGACCUGCUUCUACGCUGCAAACAAUAUAAAGAUCUGCUUCUACGCUGCAAACAAUAUAAAGACCUGCUUCUACGCUGCAAACAAUAUAAAGAUCUGCUUCUACACUGCAAACAAUAUAAAGACCUGCUUCUACACUGGAAACAUUAAAGAGACCUGCAUCUACAUUGGAAACAAUAUAAAGACCUGCUUCUACGCUGCAAACAAUAUAAAGACCUGCUUCUACACUGGAAACAAUAUAAAGACCUGCUUCUACACUGGAAACAAUAUAAAGAUCUGCUUCUACGCUGCAAACAAUAUAAAGACCUGCUUCUACACUGGAAACAAUAUAAAGACCUGCUUCUACACUGCAAACAAUAUAAAGAUCUGCUUCUACACUGGAAACAUUAAAGAGAUCUGCAUCUACACUGGAAACAAUAUAAAGACCUGCUUCUACACUGGAAACAAUAUAAAGACCUGCAUCUACAUUGGAAACAAUAGGAAUAGCUGCUUCUACACUGGAAACAAUAGGAAUACUGGAAACUGUAGUGUUUUGUGUUGUGUGUAAUAGGAACAUAUUGUAACAGAUUGUAACAGACCCUUUGUGUAUUUAAAGGGGUAAGUCAGACCCGAAACGUGAUUGGUAUAAUAGGUUUAUUCAGUACAACAGUUAAACAACUGACUAUGAUUUUUGGAAUACCUUGAUAUAUUGCGUGAGUGCUAUUUGCUGACUAUUAACUGGUAGGCGGGGCUUAUCAGAUUAUGCAGAGCAUAUCAGAGACAACUACAUCUCUCCCUUUUUUCAGACAUGGAUUCUAGUCAUAAUAUUAUAUUACAUAUUCAAAAAUCAUACAUAAUACAAGUAUAUUAAGCCUACAUCCCUCUACUACACUACUUGAUCACAUGUUUGCAAUUCACGUGAAACUUAUAUCUUAAAUGCUAAAGAAUCUAUGAAUCAAUCCCUUCCCCCUUCCAGAGAAAAGUGAAAUGUGUGACCAGGUCAGUUCCAAUAUUAAAUGUCAUGGUAUAUAACUACAGCAAUAACAUUCCGAAAGUCAACACAUUACUGAGAUCUAUACAUUUAAUCCAUGUGCAUGUUUGAUAAUCAGACGAUAAUUAAUCAUGUCUGUAGCUUUUAGGAGAAGGAGUACAUUCCCUGGUGUAGGGUUAAAGGAUGGUGUCAGCUUGUUUGCAUACUUUUUUUAACAAGUUCACGGUCCCCUGGUUUAAAUUUUGAUGGUGGUCCCCUACGCCUGUUGUCUGCAUAAACCUUGUUUUUUUGGUUUUCACGUUAUUGUCUUUUUAUUCAUGUAUGUAUUGUUUGCUUGACUAAUAAGGUAUCUUUAUUUUCAUUUUUCUGUUGAACAUGAUUUACCCUGGAGACACAACUGGACUGGGAUGUGGAGUACUUCUGUGAACAAGUAAAAACUAGCUUGUAGAUGACUUGAAAUUUCUGCCAAAUACCUCUGCUGAUAUCAAGGUCUUAACCAAAGGUUAAAAGCUUCUGCUGUUCUGUAGCUUGUUGGUGAAGAGGAUUUACUUUCCUGUGCUGCUUUGCAAAUUGUUUGAAGUUAUGGCUAUUGAACAAACUUCUGUUGUCCGUCUUAAGAAUAGUCGGGAUCCCAGCUACGCAAAAUAUUUUGGGAAUCAGCUGUAGUCUAAAAUAACCACCACAAAGUAGUAACUGUUUGUUAAUGAACCACAAAAAUCCACAACCACUUUGUCCCAAAGCUUGUUUGGUAAUGGACUGGAUUUGAUAAGUUCAUGGUUUGUAGUUGUUUGUUUGAUUUUUGUUAAGAUUCUCUGUGUACGGACACCAACAUGUUUUUCUAAGAAGUGACCCAUGUGUGCUAAGUUAACCAUCUGAUGUUUCAGUUUAUCAGGUAUGCACAGUCUAGUGCUGCUUAGUAAAACACGACCAUCUUUAAUGUUCAUCAUUGUCAGAUCUUCUGCUAAUUGUUGAUUGGUUUUAUAGCUUUCAUCCGAAAGUGUCAUGGCUUUCAUCCGACUGGCAUAUUUGUUUAUGUCACAGUGUCAUGCACAGCGUCCAUAAUGGCAAUUUCAAUAUCAACUUUUUGAGAGGCACGAGCAAUAUCAGCAAUGUUUCAUGAAUCUGGUACCGCUGAACAAGCAAUGAAGUUUUUUCAGCAAUGCUGUGUUUCAGCUGGUCACUAAGUGGGUGUCUAUCAUCAAGCAAUAAUCAGAGAUCACAUGCGUCCCCGGGAGAUAUUUCACUGCAAAUUUGUAUGCUGUUAGUUUCAAUUGCCACCGCUCCAAUCUGGCUGAUAGUAUUUGUUUUGUGUUGUUGAAAAACAAUUCUAAUCUUUAAUGAUCUUUAAUCAAAGUGAAUUCUUUGUGGAACAAAUACAAGUGGAAGUGUUGACAUCUGAACACGCAAGCAAGCAUUUCCUUUUCAGACCAAGAAUAACGUUGUCCUACAGCAGUCAAUGAUCUGCUGGCAUAAGCAAUGUUCUUCCGGUCUUGUAUCAAACUCGCUGAUAAGCCUACUGGACUCCCAUCACACUAUAGCUCCAAGUGUUUCAAGGGACAGUAAUUACCUGGUUGCUAACCAAUGCGUUUUAAGCCGAUUGAAUGAUGAAUCCUGUUCUUUGCCCUCAUACAAAUUCUUGAUUGUCCUUUGUUUGACUUUUGAGAGGCUUCAACAUGGUUGAGUAGUCAUGCAUGAGCCUUGACACAUAGUUUGUCAUGCCCAGAAAUUACCUAAAUUCUCCUACAGUUUUUGGUUUUUCCAUGUUAUUAAUGGCUGUGACUUUUUUUGGGUCUAGUGGUAUUCCGUUUUCCGAGAAUAUGCGUCCAUAGAACUUAAUUCAACUUUUCCGGAAUUCACUUUUUUGCUUAUUGAGAGGAAGGUUCUUGUACUGUAGUUAUUCAGCUUCUAGCCUGGCAUCAUGUAUAUAUUUAUUUGGCCUGUGAAUAAUAAUGUCAUCUAAAAUAUUCAGUGCUUCAUCUAAGCCUGACAAUUCCUGUCUCACCUCAUUUUGGAAUAUUUAAGGUGCAACACUCGAACCGAAAUUUAAUCUCCAUAGUCAUAAAUUUGAGACUAAUAAGGUCAUGUUACCCGUGUUACCUGAUUCUUCGGACAGUAAUUGCUGAUGGAACCCGUUGUUAAAAUCCACGUUUGAGAACACAGUGGAGCCAUUGAGUACCAAUUUAAUUCUUUCAAUCGCCGUGCAUUUCACGUUUCAAUGCUUAGUUGGCCUGUCUCAUGUCGACACAUAACUAAUUUUCAUCAGGGUUGUUUUUGUGCGACCACCAGGUUCAAACCCCAAGGUGUUGCGCCAGUUGCUCAAGAAAUGGUAUGCAGUGCUGCCUGUGCUGUGGUAACUACAGAUUCAUCGAUACAAAAUUUGACUCAUUUUCUCUUCAGUUUGCGUAGCCCUGUGAACACUGGCUUGAAUUUGUCACAUAAAUCUAUGUGUUUCUCGUCCUUGGACACAGAUUUUAUAACUUGUAUUUUUCCCAAUUCCACAGAUUUGUUCAUUUUAGGCAUAGGUGCCAUUGUAACGGCCCGAUAUCGUAUGCCGUUAAAAAGAGCGACUAAAGACCACAAUGUAGUUUGAUCGUUUAUGUACAACAAUUGUCUAAGUCAAACUGAAAGAAAUAAUUAUUAAAAUACUUUAAAUGAGAUGGCUAUGAUAAUAAGAAAUUACAAAAGUACACGUAUAAAAUGCGCUCUAAGAAUUCAGCAUUUGAAUUAAAAUCAUUUAAGAAUUAUCACAGUAAAAUGUACUUCUUUUUGGAAUUAAACUCAGUGAAUAUAAGUUUCUUUUCACAGAACCAAUCAAAAUGUUCUGUGAGCGCAUGAAACAAUAUACUUCUUGACAUAACUUACACGCAAUGUUCUUUGAGCGCACAAAAAAACCCGACUGCGCAUGCCCAAUAAAUGUUAAUACAUUUAAGGCAAAACAAAAUACUUUUUGACUAUAGUAAGAAUCACCUACAAAAUCAACAAGAAUAUUUACAUGCGACUUGAACACUUAAAUGCACACACACAUAUACAAACAAGCUUAAUUCUCCUCGACUGGGAAUUUCUGGGGCUCUCUCAUCAACAACACCAGUUUGUGAAUUGGACGUUCGAGAAGAAUUCAGACUUAACAGGCCUACCCUUGGCGUUCAGAUUUCUGGCCAUGGACAACUUGAACCAACCCAUCCUUGUCAACAGUGAUGCUAUCAAAUCGAGCAAGUUUUCACUGAUUUCUGACAACAUUGUCCUCCUUUACCAAAACGACAUCUCCAAUGGACAGAUUGUGAGAGGGAUUUUGCCACUUGCCUCUAAUUUACAAGGUUUGAAGAUAUUCCUUCCUCCAUCUCGACCAGAACUGAUCUGCCGAGUAUUGAACACGUCUGCAGUGCUUCCUCGCAUACAGGUUAGCACGCUGAAAAUUUGCAGGUGGAGGCAAAAUAACCUUUGAUUUGAGAGUGAGAAGGUAUUGUGGUGAAAGUGGUACUGGGUCAUUGAUGGAUUCGACAGAAACGGAUCUGCAAUUGACAAUGUUUGCAGCUUCACACAUGAACGUUCUCAACUCUUCAUCAUCUAUGUGAGAGCUGCAGUUAUUUAUCAGACUUGCCAAUACAAUGUGUAAAGAACGAAUUUGCCUCUCCCAUUCGCCACCCAUAUGACUCACUGCUGGAACAUUCAUUUUAAAGUGAAAAUCACAACCCUCCUUUAAGAGAAAUUCCCCGAUCUGAUCUGUAUCAAUACUUUCCAACUCUUCUUUUGGUUCUCUUUCGGCACUAACGAAAUUAGUUCGGCAAUCAGACUGAAGGUGUCUGACGGGUCCUCUAAUAGCCAAGAAUUGUCUCAAUGCGUUGAUAAAAGAGCUUGUAUCAAGCAAAUUUGCAGUUCCCAGAUGAACAGUUCUGCUUGAUAGACAUGUGAAUACCACUCCAUACCGUUUCAAUUCUGUACGACCCUCUCUAAUGUAAAAAGGUCCAAAAUAAUCCAUACCACAAUAAGUGAAAGGAAGAGAGGGCUCAGUUCUAUCAACUGGCAAAUCAGACAUUUUUUGAGUCUGGCAUUUUGCACGCAAAUGUUUGCAUUUCACACACAUGUGAAUGAUACUGUUGACUGCUAAAUGACUGCUGAUUCCACGACCCUGAUGCUCCACUUGUUCAUGAAAACACCUAACAAUGAGAUUUUUUAUGUGUCCAUGUCGUGGCAGAACAAGAGGAUGCAGAAUAGUAUACAGCAAAGUUGACUGGCGUAGGCGUCGGCCUGCCCACACGCAACAAACCAUCAUUAUCUAUGAAUGAAUCAAGGUGGAAAAGAGAAGAGGAUUUUUUAAGGGUACUGUUGCAUAUUCUAGUGUCACCUUUGUCAUCAUUUUGGAUGUAGACCUUCUUCUCUCUUUCUAAUGAAGCAGACUGAAAUAGCUUUACAACCAGUAUUUUGGCAUGUUCCAUCUCUUCCACACAAGCUAACGUGUAGCCCUGAGUUUUCUCCAAUAUCAAUAGCAAUCUUCGCCGCUUUUCGACUAGCCACUCUUCUUCUGAGUACUGAAAUGUAUCUCAAACAAAGCGCAACAGACUUGAUUGCUCUGUGCAAGUCAGAGAAGUAUUCCAAACACUCAAUGACAGAACUGAAAUUCCCUGAACUGUUGACACAUAUUUCAAAACAACACCAAUGUUUCACCUCUGGGUUCAACAACACUGGUAGGAUGUUUGUCCUCCCAGAGAAAGCAAGACCCACGAAACCACCUUGGAUCUUUUUGUGAGUUCUGUAACCGUUGCAACUCGCGAGGCAAUAUCAGCUGGGGUUUUCUCCUGACAAUUUUUCUAACUUGGUAUCAAUUACUUCUUCCUCUAUUCUACUAAAUUUUGUUUGGAAAAUUGAAUUUUCCUUGUGAAAUACCACCUUAAAACUGAAUGUGAUGGUGUUUUACAAUAUCCAAAAUAUCUAGGUCACUAGUUAAUUUCUCCUAAGCAGAGACAAAAUUCUUCAAUCUGCCUGCCUUAAAUGUACUACAAUGUACCUGAAAAACUUGGCUUUUUUUAGCUCAACAGAGCACGAAGUGCUCAAGGUGAGCUAUUGUGAUCGGUCUUUGUCUGGCGUCCGUCUGUCAGUCCGUCCGUCAACAAUUGCUUAAAAAAACUUCUUCUCUGAAACUACCUGGCCAAAUUCAAUGAAACUCUACAGGAAGCUUCCUUGGGUGACCCUCUACAAAAGCACAACAAGGGGUCACGAUUGAUCAACACAACAACAACAACAAAAUGGACGACUUCCUGUUUUGCUUUAAAAAUCAUAUCCUCUGAAACUACCAGUCCAGAUUCAAUGAAACUCUACAGGAAGCUUCCUUGGGAGACCAUCUACAAAAGCACAACAAGGGGUCACGAUUGAUCAACACAACAACAACAACAAAAUGGCUGACUUCCUGAUUUGCUUUAAAAUUCAUAUCCUCUGAAACUACCAGUCUAAAUUCAAUGAAACUUUACAGGAAGCUUGGGUGACCAUCUACAAAAAUACAACAAGGAGUCACGAUUGAUCAUUAACAACAACAACAACAACAAAAUGGCUGACUUCCUCUUUUGCUUUAAAAUUCAUAUCCUCUGAAACUACCAGUCUAAAUUCAAUGAAACUUUACAGGAAGCUUGGGUGACCAUCUACAAAAAUACAACAAGGAGUCACGAUUGAUCAACACAACAACAACAACAAAAUGGCUGACUUCCUGAUUUGCUUUAAAAUUCAUAUCCUCUGAAACUACCAGUCUAAAUUCAAUGAAACUUUACAGGAAGCUUGGGUGACCAUCUACAAAAAUACAACAAGGAGUCACGAUUGAUCAUUAACAACAACAACAACAAAAAAAUGGCUGACUUCCUCUUUUGCUUUAAAAAAAUUAUCUCCUCUGAAACUACCGCUCCAAAUUCAAUGAAAGUUUACAGGAAGCUUCCUUGGGUGACCCUCUACAAAAAUACAACAAGGGGUCACGAUUGAUCAACAACAACAACAACAACAGCAACAACAAAAUGGCUGACUUCCUAUUUUGCUUUAAAAAAAUCAUCUCCUCUAUAACUACCAGUCCAAAUUCAAUUAAACUUUACAGAAAGCUUCAUUGGGUGACCCUCUACAAAAAUAUUUCAAAGGUCAUGAUUGAUCAACAACAACAACAACAAAAUUGCCAAAAUGUUAAAGUCUGAUAGUUAUAUGUUAAGUUUGCUCUUGAAACAAGGGCAGCAAGUCUUGCUAUAUGGUCUCCCUUUUUGUUGGAGAUUCCACUACUUUUAUUUUUAGUAACAAUUAGUAACAAGGGAAUAGAUUUUAAAUUUUAUUAAGUCUUCAACAUAGUCACUUAAAGGUAAUUAUUGUUCAAUUUUUAAGUACAUAGAGUCAAAUAAUUAUUAUAAACUUUAUUCUUUAGAAGAAAUUUCAUUUUUACUUAAUAAUAAAUUUAAUAAUCAGACUUUUCCAUUGAACUUCAUGUAGAUUAUUCUAAGCUACGAUCUUAUCUUCUGUGUGGAUAGUGAAUACAUACAUGCCAUAUUUUCUGGAGACCAUUCAGGGGGAUUUGUUCAAAAGGCUGAAAAUUCAGGGGGAUUUUGGUUGUAUUCAGGGGGAUUUUUUUAGCAGGUCUAAGUUGGCGAUAUAUUAAAGUAUUUUUAGACGCAAGUACGAAAAAUGUAUUCACAUAUAGUUUGCUUUGAAAACCUCCUAACUUUUUCAUUAUACUGAAUUAUUUUAUGUCAUGAUUUAUCAUAUUCUUAUGAUACACUAUCAUGUCAUACUGUAAUGCACUUGCAGAACAAAAUAUGUCAUUGCAAAAAUAUGUUUUCGAGACAAUUAAAUUAAAUUUACCUUCCUCCAAAGCCUUUUAAAAAAAUGUGCUUAAUUCUAUCAGCUUUGAUGACUUUCAGACAAUAAGAGAAUAGAAUUAAUAUUAUUAAUUUCUUCCUUCCAAAAUAGUAAUAUUUCUUUGCCUUUGAUAAUUACUACAAAGUAAUUGAUCACUUGUUGUAAAAGUUUCCUUUUGGCAUUUCACCCUUGUAGUUUUGUACAUUCAGUUACACUCACAUACUGUGGUUUCACUUUGUCAUUAUUGCCUGUUGUAAAAUUUCUAAAAUAUUUUUUUUUUAAUUCCGGGGGAUUUUUAUCUCCCGCCGGGAGCCCGGGGGAUGGAUCGAAAUUUCGGGGGAUUUUCGGGAAAAAAAAAUCAAAAAAAU